UUGAUAAGUAAAAAUGAUAAGUAAAUCCGGAUUUUUUAGCACCGCUCAUCUGAUUAAGAUCGCCCGUGUCAGCAGCCCCGAACACCUUACAUAAUGGCCAAGCGACAGACUUGGGAGCAAAUGCGGCAGAUCUUCGCCCAGGCGGUGAAUGCAGUGCAUCCGGAGAAGAUAUUCGCCGACUUCCAGAGGUUCGAUUUGCGGCCCCAAGUCGGGGAAACCCCCGCGGAGACCUUCAUAAAACUGGAUGGCGAACGGCAGGUGAUAAGCGGGAAGACCUGCCACAUCGUGGGCUUUGGAAAGGCCGUCCUGGGAAUGGCCAACAAAGUGCACCAGGAUCUGGGAAGCUGCUCAGCCGGUGGAGUCCUCAGUGUCCCCGUGAACACCCUCAAACAAUGCCAACAAUCCAUUGCUCCUGGUUUGAGUGUCCUCGAAGGGGCGCCCAAUAAUCUGCCAGAUGAGCAGGCUCUAAAAGCAGCCCGGGAAAUCAAGCAGCUGGCCGAGAAGAUGACGCCGCAGGACAUACUCUUUGUCUUCAUAUCAGGCGGUGGAUCUGCCCUGUUGCCCUUGCCCCGUUCUCCGUUGACCUUGGAAGACAAACGUUCCAUUGCGGACAAGCUGAUGAAACGCGGUGCCAGCAUCCAGGAACUGAAUGCCGUGAGGAUUGCCUGUUCAGACAUCAAGGGUGGUCGCUUGGCCAGGUUCGCCGCCAAUGCAGGACUCCUGGUGACCUUCGUACUCAGCGAUAUCAUAGGAGAUCCCCUAGAGCUGAUUGCCUGUGGUCCCACCAUUCAACCCGUGGCUGGAGCAUCCCCUUCCGACAUCCUUAAGAAGCAUCAGGUGUGGGAAGAACUCUCCCCGGAGAUUCAAAAGGUUUUUGAGGCGACAAACGAGCAGGAAAAUCCUCUGCUGCCGGAACACAAAGUCUUCAUUGUGGGCAGCAAUGUGAUAGCUACAUCCACAGCCGCCCAGGAAGCUGAGAAGCUGGGCUACAUUCCCUGCGUGCUCAGUUGUGCGGUUCAAGGAGACGUUUCCCAAGUUGCUGGCGACUACCAGAGAUUGCUGCAGGGCAUCCAGGAGGCCAAGCAUCAGGGCAUUCGGGAUCCGCAGCUGAGGGAGAAGUACGCCUUCGGAGAGAAGAGUUUCCCAGGAUUCAGGAGGGCCCUAGAAGAGCAUUUAAGCAGCAAGAAGCCAUUGUUCUUGAUUUGUGGAGGAGAGCCAGUCAUAAAAGUCACAGGUCAAGGAUUGGGCGGCAGGAGUCAGCACUUGGCCCUGCUGAUGUCGCAGGCUCUCCACCGCGACGAGACCUUGAGGGACUGCACCUUCCUGAGCGCCGGAACCGAUGGCAUCGACGGACCCACCGAUGCAGCCGGUGCCAUCGGCGACAGCAGCGUAGUGGAAUCGUAUUUGGGCGAUCACACGCUCGAUGAACUGGCUGAAACGCUGAGGAACUGCGACAGCUACAGCUUCUACAAGAAUCUCGGGCAGGGCGAGCACCACGUGCUCACCGGCCACACGGGAACCAACGUGAUGGAUCUGCAUUUCCUGGUCGUGCCUUAGUGUGCCUAGUGUGCCUAGUGUGCCGCCCCCAAAAAGACAUAAAUAUGUAUAUGUGGGGCAGUUCGUUAAUGGAGCUGCUCUUGAACCGCAGACGGGCAAUAGUCGUUUAAAUUUGUUUUUACGAUUUUCCUCUUUAAUUUCGCUCUAUGAAAUUUUUACGACUUUUUCAUUAACAUUUUUAAUAUCCAUUCAAAUUCAAAUAAUUUUGUGAUCUUUAUGCUCUGAGACGGUCUUCAGUGACAGCAUAAAAUGGCAAUUAGCUUUCGUCUCCGGUUAUGAAAUCAGCCUGGAAUUGUCUUGAUUGUAAUUAUGUGCCAGGCAAAAAGUAAUAGGCAAUCGGCAAUAGGCAAUAGGCAGCAGGCGACAGAUGUGAUAAAUCAAUUUGUAUAUGCGAUCACCGCGGAGCAUAAAUAUAUCUGAGUAAUUUCCAUUUAAUUUCCAUUUCUUUUGUACUGCGUCUCAUAAAAACGCGCUUCUAAUAAAUCAUCUUAAUUGUUCGAAACGAAACGCCAAAGGCAAACAGUAGCUAGCGAGCAACUACAACAAUAGCCAGCGAUAAUUGCAAUUAAAAAUGUAAAUUUAUUUGCUUCGCUUUAUUUUUAGAAACUGAAAAACUAAAACGCGACGCGCGCCCAGUUGCAAUUUAGCAAUUUUACUAGCUAACACUUCGACUGCAUAUUUUUCUAAUUGUGAUUGUUUUGCCCGCUUCUAUCAACGCUUUUAUUGUUUACUUCGGUGUGAAACACCAGUGUAGUGUAAUUAUUUUGCCGCGCAUUUGCCACAAUUAUUAAAUAAUCGCAUUCGCCAGUCACUCUCUUGUGCUAUUUUAGCUCGAUUAGGUUUGUUAUUAACUACAUUCUGCAGUGCAUGCCAGCGCCGAUGACUAAGUUCUGAUUCCUUCGAAACUAUACUAGGAAAAGUCGGAGAUAUCUAGCUGCGGCGCACAAAAGUCAUUUGUCUCUAUGAUGAAUUGUCCCAAGAUAUGCAUUUUACGUGCUGGCGAGUGAGUGAUUGAGUCAAGCGUCCAUUAAGUGGAGAAAUUUAUAGAUGUUUUUAUUAGGUACUUUUAUUUAAAUCAAAUACUGUUUAUCUUUUAUACAUUUUGUAAUGAAAAUAUAAAUAUAUUUCCACAAGAUCACAUUAA